AGCCACCUAUCCGGGAUACUUAUGGAAUGUACACGGCAGAAGAAAUGUUGAGCAAAGAGGCGGUAUUAGUGGGGUGACGGGGGGGCAGGAUGAGCGCGGGAGCUCUGCGGGCGGACGGCGCGGGCGACUCCACGCCCGGCUCCGACGUCGGCGAGCGCAUCACCCGGCUCUUCCCCAAGUGCCGCCCCAAGAACAUGCUCCACCACCACGAUAGACUGAACUCCGAGUUGGAGGGGCGUGAUAUGAACAACCUUAACAAUGCGUCUUCGGACGAGGAGCGUGAUAGUAAAAUAAUACUCAACUCAAAAGGAGGUACAUACAAACUCAGGGAUUCUAGGAUAAUAGAAAUAGCAGGGGGUCGUGAAUUAUACUCACAGAGUCGAACAAAAGCAGUGCGAAAGUUAAGGCACAACAAUACGCACAAACACAACCUAAGGAACAAAGUGCGGUCACUCAACAAGGACACCGUCGAUUACGCGGCAGAUAACCUUAGCAACGAGAUAUCGCUCCACAGAAUAAACAGUGAACCUAAAAAGAUGAUAUCUCGACAUACGUCGCCAACGUACACGAAUGGAGAUCGGGAGCCCAUAGUAGAAUCGAAUACUAUGGGUAUCCCUAAGAACAGUUCACCAAUACUAGACCCCCAUAAAACGAAUGACGUCAGCACUAAAAGCAGUCCUAUUGCGGUAGUGGCUGAUGGAGAAGUUGUUGUUUUUGAUGACAAUGAGGAUUGGAAAGUGAUAUUGAAUUCUAUGUCCCUAGGUCUGAGGAUGGACCCUGAAGCUAGUGACAAUGAGAUAGACAUGAGUGUAAAGAGAACUUUAGACAAUAUUAAAAAUUGUGAUAGUGAUUUGAUGAACAAUAAGAGUGAACUGAGUUGUGACGGAGGGAGUGAAUCGACUCCGUCUAGAGAGGAUGCGAGGUUAAGUGAGGGAAGCCCGUCGGGAGUGUGGAUAUCGGGGGAUGAGGACAAGAGCAGGGUGACCAGGGUGAUAGGCGAACUGCCCAUCGCUGAGUAUGAGGGCUCGCCGAGGAGAUACGGAGUGGGUCCGCAAAAGACUACCACUAGAUCUCCAAGGCCUGGAUUUCCACAGCGAGUGGUAACAGAGAGCAGACACGCCUCGCCUCCGCCGAGCUCGGCAGCGUUCGACUACUUGUACGAGUUCUCAGAGACGAGGAAGGUUCUGGAAGAGUUCUUUCGAUGUCCCGCUACGGGCCAGCAGAUGAACAGCAACGAUGAAAUUGUUAAUUUCCAGGACCUUGACUACGAGCUGAGAAGACAGACGCAGGACUGUCCAUCAGAGAACGGCCUUGAGGGAGGCAGCGAGUCUGAGUGGCCGCACGUCACCGACACGCUAGACUCACCACAUACUGCGCAUAAUCAUACUAACUUCUUGGGGCUACAGCAACAACGCGAACAAUAUCCUGAACCAAACGUAUCAGAGCUAAGUGUGGGCGCAGCGUGGAGUGGCUCGGCAUCACCAGCGCCUGCGCGUCGUGACGUUCAACGAGGACCGUUCGCGCUGUCGCCUGACACCAGCGACACCGGCUCCGACCUCUCGCUCAUACUCAUGGAAAAUGAGCUCUCCGAAAUGAAAGGUCAAAUGGACUCGAAUAGAGUUGUAGUAACACAUUUGCCGAUAGUGGAAGACGGGCUUUCGUCGGGCCAUGCUUCUGAUACAGACAAUAACAAUCAAAUGCUGUCAUUGCAGGCACACACGUCGGUAAUAAUUGAAGAAAUCAUAGAGAACGGGACGAGCGCAGAUCCUCACGUAUUGUCGGACGCUGAUUUACAUUCCCUGGAUCCACUGGCGGCAUGCAGCUCCGUGCCUCCGCCGCCGCCGGCGCCCGCGCCGCACCGACCGCCCGCCGAGCCUACGCCGGCCGCGCCCCCCGCACACACGCCGCACCACCACCACCCUCCCCACGUGCCGCAUCACGACGAUGUUUAUCCUCCUAGGAAAAGGCCGUCAUCAGGUCAAAGUACAGAAUCUGUGGAUAUCAAACAAGCGAGUGGGGAUGAAGACGAAGCGGACACAGACCUAGAGACUGAUAGACUGCUCGGCCAGCAGAGGACUGACGACCAAGGGUUUUUCGAUGACAAGGGUUGGCGUAAACCGAAAUCGCGUACGGUAAUGCCGGCGGGCAGUUCGUCGGGAGCGGCGCGCUCCCCACCGCUCACACUGGACGCAAGCGACGCACGCGAUGAAGAUACGUUGCACAAUGGGAAGGAUAAAGAAAUAAAAAAGAAAAAUAAGAAUAAAGAAGAUAUACGUUCAGUUCUGAUCGAGGGAGUUUUAUUCCGCGCGCGGUAUCUCGGCUCCACACAACUCGCGUGCGAGGGACAACCGACCAAAGCCACGAGGAUGCUGCAGGCAGAGGAAGCAGUCUCCAGGAUCAAGGCAUUGGCGCCGGAAGGUGAAAACCAGCCCAGCACAGAGGUCGAUCUCUUCAUAUCGACGGAGAAAAUCAUGGUUCUCAAUACAGAGUUAAAAGAAAUCAUGAUGGAUCAUGCACUCCGUACCAUAUCCUACAUAGCUGAUAUAGGAGACUUGGUCGUUUUAAUGGCCAGGAGAAGAUUCGUGCCACACGAAAGCGAUUCGGACCAGCCCAAGUUGAACAGAACGCCAAAAAUGAUUUGUCACGUGUUUGAAAGUGAAGAGGCGCAAUUCAUAGCCCAGUCCAUUGGGCAAGCGUUCCAAGUGGCCUACAUGGAGUUCCUAAAAGCGAAUGGCAUCGAGGACCACAGUUUCGUGAAAGAGAUGGACUAUCAAGAGGUGCUCAACAGCCAGGAGAUCUUCGGCGAUGAGCUACAAAUGUUCGCUAAGAAGGAACUUCAGAAGGAGGUGGUGGUUCCAAAAACUAAGGGCGAGAUUCUCGGCGUGGUGGUGGUGGAGUCAGGAUGGGGUUCAAUGCUGCCAACAGUCGUGAUCGCUAACCUGGCACCAGCAGGCGCCGCUGCACGCUGCGGACAGCUUAAUAUAGGUGAUCAAAUAAUAGCGAUAAACGGCGUGAGCUUAGUAGGUCUGCCCCUAUCAACGUGCCAGACCUAUAUUAAAAACUCAAAGAACCAAACUGUGGUGAAACUCACUGUGGUGCCGUGCGCGCCCGUCGUAGAGGUCAAGAUUAAACGGCCUGAUACAAAGUACCAGCUCGGAUUCAGCGUGCAGAAUGGCGUGAUCUGCAGCCUGUUGCGCGGCGGCAUUGCGGAGCGCGGCGGCGUGCGCGUGGGCCACCGCAUCAUCGAGAUCAACGCGCAGAGCGUCGUGGCCGUGCCGCACGAGCGCAUCGUCAACUUGCUGGCCACCUCCGUCGGAGAGAUUCUGAUGAAGACGAUGCCGACGUCGAUGUUCCGGCUGCUGACGGGGCAGGAGAACCCGGUGUUCAUCUAACGCGCAUGCGUACAAGUGCCUGCUUACAUAUUACACGCCACUCACGCGCCUCUAACAUUGAAACUGCCCCCGAUUCAUGAUACUUUGAAGAGAUUCUUGUUUGACUAGGGAAUCUUAAACAGAUAUAUUAUUUUAAAACCAUCCAGGCUCUUUAUCUUCAAGCGAUUUUGGAAGGAGCACAAAUGACUAAUUUGUUUGAAGAACUGGAACUUGCAUUCAUAUAAUAUUACCGAAGGCGGAGGUACAACGAUCAAGCUAUUCAAACAAUAAUUGUCCAUUCGAUCGUCGAUAAUUAUCCAUUUAAAUAUUUUUGAAAUAUCUAAGCACAGUGAUAAAUGUUACAUACAUACAGGGCUGAAAAAAUCCAUGUAACAUGAUGCGAACUAUCUUAAGGUAGUACUUACAGGAAACAUUCUUUUAUUUUUCUUAAUAUGAAUACCAGAUUUAUGGUCUGAUAGUGAUCAUAUCACAGAUUUUUUAAAAAGCCUAUCUGGUCCGAGAAUAGAACCGCCUGUUCAUAACAGUUGCAGUGCCACCCAGAGCUUUAAAUCGCAAAUAUCUGAGGGGCAUUGCCACUGCUCCCGUCACCCUGAGACAUAAAGUUGACAAGUCUCAAGUGCCUGUAACA